ACGUCUUUCAUUUCGCCUGGCCCUUUUUUUGCGUUUUCACGGCCGUGUUCAAUCUGCCUGGAUGCCACUCGGAUCGUGCUGACAAUAUCGCUACAAGCUUGCCGCUAUUUUGUUUCUUCUUACUCUCCUUUAUUGCUCUUUCCAGCAUGAUCUUGUGGCGGCAGAUUGUCGCUCAGGUUCUGGCUCACACGCCCGCAGUCUGACCAACGACCCUGACCGAAGAAAAGACGACCACCCGCUGAUAACACGGCGACGAUCUGCGCGACGAAGAAGAAGAGCGCACUCGCAGCUCUAGAGACUUGAUUGGCAUCCACAGACGACGCAAAGGCCGCCAGAGGCUCGAGGCGCUGGGCGCUGGCUGGACAUCACAUCAUGACGCGCCCGUCAAUCAGCAACAGCUCCCGGCCUGGGCCUGGCGUGGUCAACAACGCUCAAUCCAGAGGCUCCAGAUCUUCAGGCUCGUUCCAUGCCGGCGCGCCCAUUCCCAGCAUCGCCGCUCUGCGACGCCCCUCGAUCCCGCGAUACCAAACCUUUCCGACGCCUCCGCCCAAACCGCCGGGGUCCUCUUCGGACGCCUCCAGCGAUCGCUUCGCCAUCGACUCCGACUCGUCGUCCACCUCCGCAUCCAACGAGGACGAUCAGACGCCGCUGCCCAUCCGCCAGCUUCUGCUUCUGGCUUUCCUCUCGCUGGCUGAGCAGACGGCGCUCAACUCCAUCGGGCCCUAUCUCCCCGAGAUGGUGGCGUCUAUGCCGGGAAUACCAGCCGACGAAAUCGGCCUGUAUGUCGGUCUCCUCGCCAGCGCCUUUGCCUUGGCUCAGCUCUCCACCAACUUUCUCUGGGGGUACACGUCAGACAUUGUUGGCCGGAAGCCAGUGCUGUUGGCAGGAACCUUUUCGUUGAUGGGCUGCUUCUGCGCCUUUGGCUUCUGCAAGCAGUACUGGCAAAUGAUCUUGGUCCAUGCCGCCAUGGGUCUGCUGAACGGUAACGCCGCCUGUGUGCCGACGGUCCUGGGCGAGGUGACGGACCGGUCGAACCAGAGCAAAGCAUUCACCUAUCUCCCCGUCAUUUACUCGCUGGGAGGUCUUACUGGCCCUGCGCUGGGAGGCAUCCUGGUAGGACGCAUGGGCAAAGAGUUUCCCUACCUUGGACCGAAUGUUCUCAGUGCUGCUGUCCUUGCAGCAGCCGUCAUUGUGGUGGCCAUAUGGUUUGAAGAAACACUAGAAGAUGUCGACCAGGACCCGUGGAAGCCAACAUGGACGACUCGCCUGUCAGCUCGCAUCUCAAACUUCUUUAGCCGUACAAAGCCGCGGCGGGAGUCGUGGAGCACGAGAUGGCCUCGCCCUCAAGCAGCUAGCCAGACACAGCCCUUGCUAUCUCCAAGCUCUGACGAGGCUGGCUCCGAUGACAAUGAUGAUGCUCUGGAAGAUGAAGAGGGACUGGAAGCGUCAAAGCCACCAGGCAACAACCAUAAGCAGCCCACACCGUGGCGUGAGCUUCUUAACCGCACUACAAUGACUCUCUUGGUUACCUAUCUAAUAUUCCAACUGGCCAAUAUCAGCUUCAACAGCCUGUAUCCCAUCUUUGCCUCAUCUCCAUCCCCUGCCGGCCGAGAUCUUUCCCCUACUAAGAUUGGUAUAAGCUUGAGCUUCGCCGGCUUAACUACCAUUGUCUUCCAGGCAUUCUUCUUCCAGCCGCUUAAACGCCGAUUUGGAAAUCUGGGAACAUAUCGUUUCGCGCUGCUUGGCCUGUCUAUUGCCAUGAUUACGAUACCGUGGGUUGGCUACGCUGACGAUGAACCCCUUUUUGGCCUGGGCACUGGGACUAUGUGGCUCUUUAUUGAGCUUGGCGCGGUGUUGAUAUUGAAGACCAUCUGUGCAGUGGGGGGGCUGUCAUGCGUAAUGCUCCUAAUAACCAACUCGGCGCCUUCCCACAACAGUCUUGGAACUCUCAACGGGGUAGCUCAGACACUGUCAGCCCUCGGCCGCAGCAUUGGUCCUUUCGUUUCAGGCGGCUUAUUUACACUAUCCAUGGGAAUCCAUCCGAAAGGCGAGGCUCUUGCAUGGAGCUUGUUCGGAGGCCUGGCUUUUUUGGGCUGCAUAGGAUCCAUGUUUAUCCGAGGCAAUGGGCUAGAAAGCGAUGAUUGGUAUGAUAGCGAGGAUGAGGAGGAUGAAAGAGAUGGAGAAGCAAAUGUGGCUGGGGAUAGAGACAUUGAACGACAGCGGGACUGAGCACAGAUGUUGACAGUAAAUAGUUGUUGUUGGGUUUUUGGAUAUAAGGCGUAAUGGCAGCUAGGCGGAGAAAGACGAUAAUAAAUAGGGGCUAUUUAGCGUGACGGAAUUAAAAUAAUAAAUUACAUCAAGUUUGAAUGAUGACUUGGAUG